UUUAUUUAUUUAUUCCCUUUUGUUGCCCUUGUUGUUUUAUUGUUGUAGUUAUUAUUGUUGUUGUCAUUGUUGGAUAGGACAGAGAGAAAUGGAGAGAGGAGGGCAAGACAGAGAGGAGGAGAGAAAGACAGAUACCUGCAGACCUGCUUCACCGCCUGUGAAGCGACUCCCCUGCAGGUGGGGAGCCGGGGUUCAAACCGGGAUCCUUAUGCCGUCCUUGUGCUUUGCGCCACCUGCGCUUAACCCGCUGCGCUACAGCCUGACUCCCCUAUAUAUAUUUUUUUAAUUUGUGUUUUCCUGCCAGGAUUUUAGUUGUGCCUGUAAGAUUCCACAGCUCCCAGUGGAUAUUUAUUUCUUUAAUUAUUAUUUUUUUUAGAGAGUAAGAAGCAGAGUGGGAUGGUGAAAGAGAGAUGUCACAGCACUGUUCUGCAUGUGAAGUCCCCCCCCCCCCAGGUGCUCCUAUGUGGUAGCUGGGUCCUUGAGCCUGGUGAAGUGUGCUCUCUACUGGGUGAACUACUUCCUGCCUCCUAAUCUGUUCAGUUUAAUGGGACUCUUGGGCUCCCCCAGGACAUUUUUGGAGUAGUGAUUGGGCAGCCUGUAAUGGAAACUUCUCGCAGGAAGCAUCUGUUCUGCCUUUGAUUCUCUAAGCUCUGGUUCCUGGCACAGUCCACAGUAAAACAUUACCCCUGUUACCAGUUGUCCACUAGUCUAGCAUAGUCCUCAAUUUUCCUUCUUCUUUCUCUAUUUCUUUCUUUUGCUGUUUUAUUUAUUUAUUUUUGGAUAGAGAAAAUUUUAGAAGGAAAGAGGAGACUGGGGGUGGGGUGGAGAGAAACCCGCAGCACUGCUUCACCCUUUGUGAAGCUUACCUCCUGUGGGUGGGGACAUGUUCCUGUUCUGAAUUUUCAACCCUGUGAGUCCAUUCAGUUCUCAGGACUGUCCUGCAGGGGAGGAAAGAGAAUGUUACCACCAGCCAACAUUUAUCUUGCAGCCUCUCUUGCCGCAAAAGGCACAGCCCCCGCAUAGCCUCCUAGAUCCUUCCACUCGAUCCCCUCUAGGGGGCGAGGGACCCCCGUGGAGGGGGUGGAGCUUCCUGUGGCCCCAUGUUUCAGCCACUCUGAGGAAGAGCCCUCCUUUGCAAAGUUUGUGGCCCAGAUUAAAGGGACGGACCCAUUUAUUUCUCGAACCCUUGAAGCAGGCAGCUGCACAGGGAAGCCUUUCUGCACCUCACUUCCACUCUCGCAGCAGCAGGACUAGGGUCUUUUCGCUCAGUGAUCACGGACAUGAGUGGUGAGGACGAAGAGGCCGCGUUCAGGAUUCUCAGAAUUUAUGAUGAACCAGAGGAACAAAGGAUUGUGCCAGAAAGCUCUAGCACCUUCUGUCUGACUGAGCACCAAGCACAGGUCCCGCCAUGUGGUGUGCCCCCAGGCUCCCCUGAGCGGUGGGGAGCAGGUUAUGAAAGCACCGGCACCCCCCCACAGUGUGCUGUAGGGGCCCCCAACAGCUCUGAGGUGGAGUUCAAUCCCAGACAUGGCUCCCUACCAGGACCCGAGCUCGACACUGUCUCUGAGGGUGAUCAGCAUCAAGCUGUCCCUGCCAGCUGGGAACCUGUGCCUCCACCCUGUGACCAAGUCAGGUCCUUCCUCAGAGCUAUUCCUCCAGUUCCAGUCAAUGUGGUGGUCAGACCCAGGUCUCCGCAUGGUUCCCUGAAGAUUGGCACACUCCCUCAUAGAAAGAAGGUCUACGCCGUGGCCAUGAGUGGCUCCACUCAUCAUGUGUACACGUGUGGCCUUGGCUAUAUCAAUGUGUGGGAUGAGAGUGCCCUGCACGCCUGGAACAAGGUCCCAAAGGCCAAACUGAACUUUCAGGACCACCAGAAUUGCGUCCUUACCUGCAAACUGUUUCCAGAUGAGCAGAGCCUGGUCACCGGGGGGCUAUCUCAGACCCUGACUCUUUGGGACCUGGCACCCACUCCCCGCAUAAGGGCCCAGCUGGCCUCCACUGGCCCCUUGUGCUAUUCCCUGGCUCUUUCUUCUGAUGCUCGGAUCUGUGUGGCUUGUUUCAAAGGAUUUGUGGAGAUUUGGGAUGUUCCAAACCAAAUCUUGAUCAGAAAGCACCAAGUCCCCAAGUAUGGGUCCCGGUGUGUGGACAUCGCAGGCAGUAAGUUUUGGACAGGAGGGGAAGACACUAUACUAUAUUCCUGGGACCUGAGGAACUACCACAGGCUGCAGGAACAUGAAAUAAAGCACGAGAUCCUCAGCAUCACCCAUGACCCCAGUGAGGAGUGGCUGCUGGUAGGCUCGAAAAUGAGCGAGGUCAAUAUCUUACACACACAUCGGAUGGAAACGUUUAAGGCUGAUCUAGAGAGGUACCUCCACCACCACAGCCUCAAGUUUGCCUCCUGUGGGAGCUAUUUUGUGACUGCUCAGGAUGAAUUUCUGCACUGCUUAGCCACACCAUCUCUACAAAGGUUAUUUAAGGCAGAGGAAACCGAGGAAAUCAUGUGCUGUGAUGUGUCCUCCGACAACCAGUAUCUGGUCACAGGCAAUAAGAACAGUGCCACGGUUUACCAGCUCUUGUACUGAAAGUCACGUUCUGUGGUCCUGCGGGUGGAGACCCCUGAGGGCCAGUGUGCCCGUUCGUCCACCUGGUCAUCAGUGACUGGCUGCCUGCUCAAGUCUUGCCCCUCAACCCAGCCCAGAUUCCCCAGUUUAUAUUCCAUGACUUGGAGAUUUUUCCCUUUAUCAUUUUCCUUUCACUCACUUCUGGAUUUGGAUGGGAGACUUUACCUUUGUAGUGAAUAAAAUAUAAAAGCA